AUGCAGGCUCUAUCUAAGCCUCUCUCUGUUGGUGACUCACUCCUCAAAGAGAUGUGGCUUCGCCGCCUGCCACGUGACAUUCGUAACCCCCUGUAUGCAAACGAUGCGCCUCUUUCUCAGCUCGCUGACAUUGCCGACCGUAUUUGGGAAUCCAACGCCCAAAUAUCUCAGGUUCAGUCUACUUCCAGUACAGAGGUAGCAGAACUAAGAGCGCAAGUAGCCGCACUUGCCAACCGACUAGAGAAGCUAACACAUUCCGGAUCCAACCGUCGAAAUCGUUCCAGUAGUCGCAGUCCUCCUAGAUCACGUUCGAAAUCUCCCCUAGGUCAAGCUAUUGCUGGUACCACGAGCGAUUUGGUCAUCAGGCCAGAUCGUGUCGCCCGCCUUGUUCCUUCAAGCGCAAAGCGCAGGGAAACGGGCCAGCCAGCACGUAGGGGCGACGGACGUUGCUGGCUGCCCCA